AUGAAUAUAUUUUAUAAUCAAGCACUUAAGCAGACUCAAAACUUGAAAAAAGAUUUAAAUUUAUUUCAAUCAUUUAUCACAAAUAAUACACCAUUAGCAACAAUUCCACUUCAAGGUCAAAUAACAGUGAGUUUGAAUUCUCUUUUCAGAACUAUCAAUGAAUAUGAAGCAAUGUCAAAAAAAGAAAUGAAUAUAGAAAAACAAGAAAAAGCUAUUUCAAGAGUUAAAAAUUUUAAAAAACAGUACUCAGAAUUAAAGGAAAACUUUGAUGAUCUUAAAAUAAAAUGUAAACAAAUAGAACAUUUAAAUCAAAAAAAUGAGUUAUUAGAACGCCGGGUUCACACAAAUGUAUCUUCAGAAAAUCCAUAUGGACGCACAGAAUCCAAAAAAUUAGAUGAACACGAAAAUUAUACGGGGCCAACACGAGAUUUUUUAAAGACAACAGAUUUGAAAUUAGAUGAAUUUCUAGGACGAGGACAAGCUAUACUUAAUGAUUUGAUAGAACAGAGAAUUUCAGUGAAGGAAGUACAACGAAAAAUGUAUAAUGUUGUAAAUAUACUAGGACUUAGUAAAAGUACAAUUAGGUUUAUUAAAAGAAGGGUUUUGCAAGAUAAAGUUAAAUGUUUAAAAUUAGAACGAUUUUAUAAUUUGUCCAGAUGUUUAGAUUUUUUUAAUUGUAUUAUUAAUGUUUGA